AUGGUGCUCAUGAGGUCAGGCUGGCUGUGGAGACAAACGUCUGUCCUAAAACGCUGGAAGUUAAACUGGUGCGACCUCUGGAUCGACGGGAGCCUCUGCUUCUACAAGGCCGAGAGCCGGCGUGAGCUGGAGCACCGCGUCAGCCUGAAGACGAGGUGUGUGGACGUGCGGUCUGGCCUGGAGUGUGGAGGUGUGACUCCUCCAGAGAGCAAUCCCAGAGACAACCUCAUCGUGGUUCAGCUCAGAGACGGAUCAACGAUCAACCUGUGUGCGAACAGCGAGGAUGAGUCAAUAGCAUGGAAACUGACUCUGCUUGAGACCAGGAGAAACCCGGUUUUCACAUACGACCCCUAUGAAGACUCCUACCAGGCCAUCCCGAUCAACGGCUACCACACUGUCUACAUCACGCCUGGAGCCGGACCAGGCACGCAUCAGGUGGUCGUCCAGAGGGACCCGUUUGACGGAGUGGUGGAGAAUCUGGCUCUGGGGAUGCUGGCAGGAAUGGCAGCAGGAGCAGCCAUGAGAUCUUUCCUUUGGAUGCCCCUGUUUCUCUGCUGA